AUGAAGCUUGCAUUAUUAAAUAUUGCUAGCUGUUUGGUUGCAGUCAAUGCAAUCCCAUUAUCGUUAGAUGGAUUUCAACAAUCAAUUUUGAACUUGAACAUCCCAAAAUUUGGUGAUAUUAAAGACUCAAUUCCGUUAAAUUUACCUGAAUUUUUAAAUUUUGAUAAACCAGAAUAUCCAAAUGAAUUCAAUGAUAAGUUGAUGAGUAUUGAAAGUUUUGAUAAGUUGCCAGAGAUUGAUACUGAGCAAUUGCAAAGUUUGAUCAAAGCAGAAGAUUUGAAACAAGGAGCAGAAAGUUUAUAUAACAUUUCGCUUAAUUCAGUUCUGGAAUAUGGUAAUCCAACUCGUGUGAUUGGAUCUCCUGGUCAUUGGGGUACUAUUGGUUACAUCAUUGAUGAAAUUAGAAAAUUGGGAGGAUACUAUAAAGUUAAAACUCAAAGAUUCAAUGCUAUUGACGGUAAAGUAAACUCAUUUUCUUUAUUAAUUGAUGGAGUUCAACCAAAAUCUUUAGAAGCUUUUUCGAUGACUCCAGCUACUCCUGAUUUGAGUGUUGUGCAUGGGGAUUUAAUUCUUGUUGAUGGUUAUGGAUGUUCGUUACUGGAUUUCCCAAAUGAUUUAACAAAAGAUAAUAUUGUAUUAAUUAAAAGAGGAGAGUGUCCUUUUGGAGAUAAAUCUAAUAAUGCUGGUAAAAGUGGAGCCAAGGGAGCUAUAAUUUACGACUCUAAUGGGUCUUUACUGGGAACUUUAGGUACUCCUCAAGGUAAUGAAGUUCCAACUUUAGGAGUUUCAGAAAAAGAUGUUAAAAGCUAUAUUGAUAAAUUAAUUGAGGAUCCAAGUUAUAAAUUUGAAACUUCAUUAUUUGUUGAUGCUUAUGUUAGAAACAUUAGUACAUUAAAUGUUAUUGCUGAAACUGCCCACGGAGAUCAUGAUAAUGUUGUUUCCUUGGGUGCUCAUUCCGAUUCUGUUGGUGCUGGACCAGGUAUUAACGAUGAUGGUAGUGGAAGUAUUUCUCUCUUAACUGUUGCCAAACAAUUGACUAAUUUCAAAGUUAAUAAUGCAGUUAGAUUUGCUUGGUGGAGUGCUGAAGAAGAAGGUUUAUUAGGUUCAACUGCAUAUGCUGAAUCUUUAGAUGAAGCCGAAAAUUCGAAAUUAAGAUUAUUUAUGGAUUAUGAUAUGAUGGCCUCUCCAAAUUAUGAAUAUCAAGUUUACGACGCUAAUAAUGAAGAUCAUCCAAACGGUUCAGGUGAUUUAAAGCAAUUGUAUAUCGAUUGGUACCUUGAGCAUGGCUUAAACUAUACCUUAGUUCCUUUCGACGGUAGAUCAGAUUACGUUGGCUUUAUCGACGUUGAUAUUCCUGCUGGUGGUAUUGCUACUGGGGCUGAAGGGGUUAAAACCCAAGAAGGUGUAGAAAAAUUCGGUGGUAAAGCCGGUCAGUGGUUUGAUCCAUGUUAUCACCAAUUAUGUGACGAUUUACAAAACCCCGACUAUGAAGCCUGGGUUAUCAAUACCCAGUUGAUCUCCCAUUCCAUUGCCGUUUACGCCAAAACUUUCGAAGGAUUCCCAGAAAGAUCAACUUCUAAAGUUGAGUCAAAGUCUCAACCACAAUUCCAAUUACGUGGUUCCAAGUUUAUCUACUAG